AAUCUCUUGGCAACCCUGCUCCCGUCCCGACCUGUGAGAACAUCUGACAGUAACAAAACAACGUUGGAAAUUAUUGUAGUGAAAAUGCAAGAUUUGUUCUAAAUCCCCGUACAUGGUGCAGACUUGUUGGAACUUGUUCGUGUUUUCCAUGCAACGCUGAUCUCUAAUCUUUUCUGGCUCGUGAAUGAAUUUGUGAAACAUGGAGGUUGACAACGAUAUAGACCAGACUUUGCUGCAGCAGUUCAGCUGUAUGGGGACUACAGACAAAGAUGACCUAGUAAGGCAAUUGCAAAAACUUGUGGGACAUCAUUUGAACUCAUCCACUGCUGCAUUUUUCCUUGAUAUGAACAAUUGGAAUCUACAAGCUGCAAUUUGCUCUUAUUUUGAUUGCCAAGCCCCUACCUUUUCAAUGGUUCUUGUGAAAGAUGUUACAAUAGGUGAAGGUGAAAGUGUGCCACCUGAUACUCAGUUUACUAAAACAUGGAGGGUUCAAAAUAAUGGGGAUGAAGAAUGGCCGCAUGGCUGUUGUCUGCAAUUUACCGGUGGUGUACAGCUUUGUGAAGCUGAGAGGGUACCUGUACAGCCUGUUCAAGCAGGAGCCAUUACUGAUCUUAGUGUUGAAAUGAGAAGUCCUCCUACUCCUGGCAUUUACCAAAGCAAAUGGAGAAUGGUGACCCCUACUGGCUCCUACUUUGGAGAUAUUAUUUGGGUUAUUCUUACUGUUGCGGAGGGGGGUACUUUGGCAUUGACCCAACAACUUUCACAUCUCAGUGAUUUGGGUGCUAAUCCUUCUCCACAUGUGCCUCACAUGCUCAACCCAUUCACAAGACUUGCUUCUAGUCAUAACGUCUUUGAGGACCAAGUUGAUGGAGCAAUGGAUUUGAGACCAAAUGAGCCAGAAUGAGAGAGAGUUAAGCACAGACUUUUUCAUGAAAUUUUGGCUAUGGGCACUUCUCAUGACUGAAGUAAUUUUUUUUAGUUUUUUAUCUGAUGGAUAUGAUUUUUGAAAAGACACAUGUAAACAAAACAUAACAAUCUGUAGAGAUUUAGAUGUUGUCCACAUAAUGUCACAAUUGUUUUGUUACUUUAAAAUUUUGGCCUGAGUCUGUGAAUGAUUUUAUUGGAUCAGUUUGUAUAUUUUGAAUGAAAGUGAGCUCUGAUUUACUUCACCAAAACUUUCUGCCUGCAUUCCUGCAUUUUGGUUAAAAAACGGUAGUUGGUUUAUUGCUCAUACAUUUGUUCUUACCAUCUUAUGGUGCAUUAAGAAACUGAUUUUGAAAGAUCAUAAUUUUCCUUCUUUGACUUAACUUGCAUGUCUUGUUUGAUGCUCAUGUCAAAAAUUACAAAGCAACAACAUUGCUUGAAACUUGUAUUUUUCUAGGUGUGUUGGUCUUGUAUGUCCUGUUGCAGAAAGUGUCCUGUUAGAUUUGUCAUGAGGAUAUUAAAGGAGGUAUGUCACAAAUAUAUACAUAACUUUUAGACUUAGAUGUCGGUGUGUAACAUUAGUAGCUGUGAAAAUGUGAAGGCUUGGUUUGAAAAAUUACUCAUUUCUUAUGAUGUGAUUCAGUGUAAAUCUCUUCCUUCUUUUGCCUAAAGUUUCAACUGUUUACAUGUAUUAAAGGAUUUCCAAGUGCCUUACAUCAUAAUUUAAUAAAAAAAAAAGAGCAAAAACCAGAAGGCCUGCACAUUUAUUUAUUAUCAAUAUUGUUUUAUAAUGUGAAUAAUGUUAACUUGUUUGACAAGCCAAUCAUAAAAUUAGGUUUACAAAAAAAAAAAUUGAAGUUAAAAUGCCAGUUUUAGUUAAAUUAAACAAACAACUCUUUAAAAUGAGUUUGCAGAUUGUACUCUUUGUCUCCAACGCUGUGGUUGAUAGUUCCAAUGUGUUGAAGAAUUUGCAUUACAAAUUUCUUAGACCUUGGAUGCUUCAAAUACAUUAUAACUGUCAAAGGCCUAUGUUAUUUUGCCUUAGAGCUGUUCUGUUCUUGUCUCUAUUUCAAACACCCCUUGUUAGUUUUGCAGUAUGUUUUACUGUGAUACAGUCAAUGGGGCAGAAGGCUCAAUUUUGUGUGUUUUAAUGUAAGUUGGUCUGCAUAGUCUUCAUUUUUAAAAUCCACAUAACUAACCUCUUUGAGAUUGCGCUUUGUGCUUGACCCCUUCAUGCCAAUGAAUCUUUCAGAAAACAUAAACUAGGCUGUGAUGUUACUUUUCUUCUUUCAUCAAUUGUUUGAUUGAAAUUAGAAGUCUCCAACUUCCAGAAAUGUUUCAAGUGUAAUGUAAUGUCUUGGUGUUGUGUACAUAACUAUAUUUAGUUAUUUAUGAUGUGAUUCAGUGUAAAUCUCUUCCUUCUCAACAUAAAUUGUGAAAUGUCUGUUUACUACGUAUCUUAAGGAAAAUUUCAACAUGUAACUAACAGGAAACAAGUCUAAAAAUUGACUUUCUACUGUCUUUUGAAACAAUACUUGAAUUAAGUUUUACUGAAUCCUUCAAAGCUUUUAAGUUUCUGCAAACAGGAUCCAUCACUUACUUUCAUUAUGAGAAAUAUUUUGUCGUGUGUUUUUUUCCCCUUCAGAAAAGCCCUUUCUUUUAGGGCUAUACCUAAAUUCCUCACUUCAACAUAGUCGUAAAGGGUCGUCUGAAAGGCAUUUGUUCUUCCUGUUCCAUUUUCCAGUCUAAGCUAAUGGCUGAAAGUUCUGCCCACUUACAGUAGUUAUUUUCUACUGCUUUUAAUAUUUCUGUAAGAAGUUCAGCAUUUUCUAGGUUUUGAAUUUUAUUAAUGUAUCUUUUGUUUUACCUGUGUUAAAUUUUAAUAGACAUUGAUGAAAUGUUUUCAAUUCUGUUUUUUAAAAAUUGAUGUAAUAUAUCUAUACAGACAUAAAUCUAUCUAUAUAUUAGAG